AUGAAGGCCAAUCUCAGUAAGUCUCAAGUAUUUUUUGGUGGUAUUUUAGCUCAAGACAAGGUUCAAUUACAGCAACUUUUACAACUUGAAGAGGGCACCUUCCUUCUCAAAUAUCUUGGGAUUCCUAUGAGACCUACAAAGUGGAAGGAGGCAGACUGUGGAGAAAUUCUUAAAAAAAUUAAGCUUAGGCUUCAUACUUGGACCAGUAGACAUUUAUCAUAUGCAGGUAGGAUUCAGCUCAUAUCCUCUGUUCUUUUGGGGCUGCAAAAUUAUUGGAUGAAUAUUUUCUUAUUGCCUCAAAGUAUAAUCAAAGAAGUAGACAAACUUUGUAUGUGGUUUCUUUGGGGUAAUAAUGGUACCAGAAGUAAUUUUCAUCUCACUUCCUGGUCUACUGUUUGUUUGCCUAAAUCUUUUGGAGGAUUGGGUUUUGGUGAAGGUACUAAGUGGAACAAGGCAAUGCUAGGUAAAUACAUCUGGGCUAUUAGUCAUCAGCAGGAGUCUUUGUGGGUGAAAUGGAUACACUAUGUGUAUUUAAAGGGACAAAACUUCUGGCUCUACCAACUUAAGGCAGAUACCAGUUGGUACUGGCGAAAAAUCUGUCAUUUGCGUGGUAUUUUUACUCAAUUGGAUAUUGACAAAGCAGGCAGUCAAGGGAGGUUUAAAAUUGGGUUGUUAUAUGCAAGUUUUCUACACCAAGUCCCUGUCAAAUACCAGCAUUUUUUGUGGAGUAGAAUGAGUGUGCCCAAACAUCGGUUUAUCACUUGGCAAGCUGUUAAUACUAAGUUGUUAACUCGGGAUCAUUUACAUCGAGUGUUUAUGCUUCUUGAAACUACCCUUUGCCCGGUCUGUGAACAAGUUGAUGAGAGCCAUGAUCAUUUGUUUUUUGACUACUGUUUCUCCCAGCAGGUAGUUCUUCAUAUUCAAGAUUGGAUAGGCUGUAAUGGCCUCUAA